AUGGCUACUGAAGAUGAUAACUUCGAUAUUGACAUCUAUGGAGACGGUAGUGGCUACAAUGCCAAUGACCAGGGGGAUUACAAACAGGAUGAUGACAUGAAGCAGGAAGACACGGACCUCAUCCUUGAUGCUCCGGAUAACACUGAACACAAGGGCAACGGCUCCACAGACUCCGACACACUCCCAGAGCAACAGACCACCACAGCCACAACAACAACAAAUGGUGAGAGUGUAACAGACACGAAUACAACUAAUCAGCAACAAAUGCAAAAAGGUACAACGCCCCAGCAGGGUGUGAAACGCAAAGAAUUUGACGAUCGCCCUGUCGAUCCUGAUGCAACACCGGCUCUGCUUAUUUCAGAACUACACUGGUGGACUACAGAUGAUGAUAUUAGGGGCUGGGUACGCGAAGCCGGGUGCGAGGAUGAACUCAAGGAUGUAACGUUCAGCGAGCACAAGGUGAACGGAAAGAGCAAAGGUCAAGCCUUCUUAGAAUUCACGUCCCUUCCCGCCUCCUCUGCGACUAAACAUCAGAUCGACUCCCUUACUACAACCGGCCAAAGUGGACGGAAGUACAUGAUCACCUACACUAGUCCUAUGCCAAACCCGUUCCGCACGCUCCCCAAAGACAACCCGAUGCGAAAAGAUAACGCACGCGCAUCUGGAGGAUUCAAUUCACCAAACCAGAACAACUUCAACUCUGGAAUGAGUAAUAUGGGCGGCGGGGGCUUCCGCGGAGGCCGAGGUGGAUACAAUAACCGCGGAGGAAUGUCGAACAUGGGCGGCUACGUCAACCGCAACUUCCAGAACCCCAUGGGCGGAUUCAACAACCCCAUGGCUGGCGGUGGAUUCCAGGGAAAUCCCAUGGGGAUGCAGAACUAUGGGUUUGGCAAUCGUGGAGGCAUGAUGGGCGGGAACAUGCGCGGCGGACCGGGUGGGAUGCGUGGUCGUGGCGGAGGCAUGGCUGGUGCGCCUAACAUGAUGGGAAUGCCCAACAUGGGACCUAUGGGCGGCAUGGGAAUGAAUCCUAUGGCUGGCGGUAUGAAUCCAAUGAUGGGCGGCAUGGGUGGUAAUAUGGGAAUGCAAGGUAUAGGCGGCUUUCAAGGCCCAAACCAGGGCUUCAACCCGGGAUUCUUCCCCCAGAACCAAGGCGUAGGUGAUGGCUCGUGGAAUCCGCACGGGACCAAGCGCAGCCGACAGGAGUAA